GGGUAUAAAAGGGCCUUUGACCAAUAUGCUGAGGCCAUUCAUCAACGCUUUCCUGGUAUAACCAUUGAGGGUGGCCAAUAUCCAGCCCCUUCAAUGAGAGCCUUGAUUGCACAGAUUCUCAGCAUAGCUAAGCUUGUUAUUAUAGGCUUUGUGGUCAGCGGUCAUAACCCCUUUACCCUUUUAAAUAUCCCUACUCCAAGUGUGUAUGAAUGGGCAACCCAGAAUAAGAUUUAUGCGUGUUUAAUGGUAUUUUUUAUAAGUAAUGCUAUUGAAGGUCAAUUAAUAUCAACUGGUGCAUUUGAAAUAUCAUUUAAUGAUGUACCAAUUUGGUCCAAAUUAGAAACUGGUAGAAUUCCAUCCCCUUCUGAAAUGUUUCAAAUACUUGAUAAUCAUAUGAGGCUAAAUAAUCAAUCCUAG